AUGUGCAACGCUGCCCACCUCCCAAGCAAAGGCCAAGGCAGCGACAGCAAAGGCAGCGGCGCGCCGAAGUGGCAGCGCAAUGCGAGCCUGCGGCAGCUCUACCGCUUCGCCUCAAAGACAGAUCGCUGGCAGAUGGUGGCGGGCGUUUCCGCUGUGGUUGUCUCUGGAGCAAACCAGCCGCUGCAGCUCGUCGUCUUUGGACAGCUCCUCGACUCGUUCAACCUUACCGACAAAAGUGAGGUUCAGAGACGCAUCUUCUUCCUCGCAGGCAUGUACGCGGCCCUCGGCGUCCAGCAGCUCAUCACCAUAUCCAUCCAGACGGCGUGCUUCACCACGGUCGCGGCGAGGCAGAGCCUCCGCAUGCGCGCCGCGUACUUUGCGGCGCUCGCCCGCCGCCCCCUCUCCUUUUUCGACGGCGCGGAUGCGGGCGGGCUAGCCUCGUCUGUGCUCGAGAAGACCACCGCGGUGCAGGCGGGCCUGGGCGAUGACCUGGCGCAGCUUCUCCAGCGUCUCGUAGCCUUCGUCACCGGCCUUGCCUGCGCCCUCUACUUCAGCUGGCAGCUCGCGCUGGUCUCGACGGCAGCCGUGCCCCUGCUCGCCCUCUGCGUCAA